AUGACCACAGGCGGCAGCACGUCCGAGCCUCGACAACAGAAGAACAUAUGGCGACGAAUGGUGACAAAGAGCACGAAUCAACAGCGCUCUUCAUUCUCCCUCUGUCUGUGUGUCCAUUGUGUGCCCUGCAUUUCACUGCAGAUGCGUAGCAAGCCAUCGCAUCUCAUCCGCGAGGAGCUCCAUCUUGACGCUGAUGAGCCACCCUCUCACCAACUGCCCGUCAGCGCGCCACUCCCACCAGAAUCACCGGUCGAGCUGCGCAAGUGCAUCACCUUUGCCGACCUCGUGCUCUUCGGCAUCGGGGCCACUGUCGGUACCUCGACAGCCACAAACACGACAAGAAGAGGAAGACGAUCAUAGCAGAUGCGGGCGUCGGUCUGAUUGCCCGCUUGCUGCAGGUGCGGGAAUCUUUGUGGUGACUGGCGAGGGCGGCCGCAUGGCUGGGCCGGGCCUCGUCUUGUCGUUUGUGACGGCCUGCGGCGGCUGCCUGCUGUCGGCGCUCGCCUACGCCGAGUUCGCCAGCGACAUUCCCAGCGCGGGAUCGGCCUACACGUUCGUCUACAGCAGCCUCGGGGAGCUGUUUGCCUUCCUCAACGGUCUCUUUCUCGUCAUGGAGUACGGCCUCUCUGGUAGAGAUGAACACACUCAUUGA